GUCAUGUGACCCAGUGGCCGUAAUAAUGAACAGCGCAUGACUAGCCUGGAUGGUUUAUUGUGCUAAAUAACCGAUUUGGGUGUAAAUAAAGAUUAUUAAAGUUGUCGGUAAACUGUAAAUUGUCAGACUAAAACGAAAUCUGCCUUAAAACAUCACGUCUGGAGCUUGUACCAUGGCGGAAGUGGAGGAGCAGGGAAGAAAACUAAGUGAAGAAUCCACAGACGAGUCUGAGGAAGAAGACACAGAGGAGGAGCCUAAACUGAAGUACGAGAGACUGACCAACGGUGUGACAGAGAUCUUACAGAAGGAUGCAGCCAGCUGCAUGACAGUGCAUGACAAGUUCCUGGCUCUUGGGACGCACUUUGGGAAGGUUUUUCUUUUGGAUAUUCAAGGAAAUGUUACGCAGAAGUUUGAAAUUAGCUCUGUGAAAAUUAAUCAGAUCAGUUUGGAUGAGAGCGGGGAUCAUGUUGGCAUCUGCUCUGAGGAUGGAAAGGUGCAAGUAUUUGGCCUGUACACCAGGGAGGGCUUCCACGAAAACUUUGACUGUCCCAUCAAGGUCGUGGCGCUGCACCCUCAGUUCAGCAAGUCCAACAAUAAACAGUUUGUGACUGGAGGAAAUAAGCUUUUGCUGUAUGAGAGGAACUGGCUGAACCGCUGGAAGACCUCAGUUCUACAUGAAGGAGAGGGAAACAUCACCAGUGUGAAAUGGAGAGGAAAUCUCAUCGCCUGGGCAAACAAUGUGGGUGUGAAAAUCUAUGACAUCAGCAGUAAACAGCGCAUCACUAACGUUUUGCGGGACAACACCAGUCUUAGGCCGGAUAUGUAUCUCUGCAGUCUGUGCUGGAAAGACAACACCACGUUAAUCAUCGGCUGGGGCUGUUCUGUUAAGAUCUGUGCUGUUAAAGAGCGUGACCCAACAGAGAUUAGAGAUCUACCCAGUCGCUAUGUUGAGAUCGUGUCAGCAUUUGAGACGGAGUUCUUCAUUAGUGGACUGGCACCUUUGGCAGAUCAGCUGGUCACUCUGUACUAUGUCAAAGAGAAUUCUGAUCACAUGGAAGAGGAGUUUAGAACACGGCCUCGUUUAGACAUCAUCCAGCCAUUACCAGAGGGAUGUGAAGAGAUCUCAUCAGACGCCCUCACUGUACGCAACUUCCAGGAGAACCAGUGCAGGGACUACAGGCUUGAACACUCUGAGGGAGAGUCUCUAUUCUACAUCAUCAGUCCUAAAGACAUCGUAGUGGCUAAAGAAAGAGACCAGGAUGACCAUAUUGACUGGCUUUUGGAAAAGAAGAAAUAUGAGGAAGCACUGAUGGCAGCAGAGAUCAGCUUUAAAAAUAUUAAAAGGCAUGAUGUACAGAAAAUUGGAAUGGCGUACAUCAAUCAUUUGGUGGAGAGAGGAGAUUAUGACACAGCUGCCAGAAAGUGUCAAAAAGUGCUAGGCAAGAAUAUGGAUCUCUGGGAGAAUGAAGUGUACAGGUUCAAAACAAUUGGCCAGUUGAAAGCCAUUAGUCAGUACCUACCGAGAGGAGACUUGCGCCUUCGACCAGCUAUUUAUGAGAUGAUCCUUCAUGACUUCCUCAAGACUGACUAUGAGGGUUUUGCCACACUGAUUCGUGAGUGGCCUGGAGAGCUGUAUAACAACAUGGCUAUAGUUCAGGCAGUAAUUGAACACCUGAAGAAGGACCCCACCAACAGCAUUCUCCUUACCACACUCGCAGAGCUAUACACAUAUGAUCAACGUUAUGAUCGAGCUCUGGAAAUCUACCUGAGACUGAGACACAAAGAUGUUUACCAGCUCAUUCACAAACACAACCUGUUCUCCUCCAUCAAGGACAAGAUUGUCUUGCUCAUGGAUUUUGACAAAGAGAAAGCUGUUGACAUGCUGCUGGAUAAUGAAGAUAAAAUAUCGAUGGACAAAGUGGUGGAGGAAUUAAAAGACAGGCCCGAGCUCUUACAUGUGUAUUUGCACAAGCUGUUUAAGCGAGACCACCAUAAGGGACAGAAGUAUCAUGAGAGGCAGAUCAGUUUAUAUGCUGAGUUUGACCGACCAAACCUGCUGCCCUUCCUCAGAGAGAGCAUGCACUGCCCACUAGAGAAGGCUCUGGAAAUCUGUCAGCAGAGGCACUUUGUAGAAGAGACAGUCUUCCUGCUCAGUCGUAUGGGGAACUGCAGACGGGCUCUGCAGAUGAUCAUGGAGGAGCUGGCAGAUGUGGACAAGGCCAUCGAGUUUGCCAAAGAGCAGGAUGACAAAGAACUCUGGGAGGAUCUCAUCUCUUACUCAAUAGACAAACCACCUUUUAUCACAGGACUCUUGAAUAACAUUGGAACCCAUGUGGACCCAAUCCUGCUCAUUCAUCGCAUUAAAGAAGGGAUGGAGAUUCCUAACCUCAGAGACUCACUGGUCAAAAUCCUACAGGACUACAAUCUACAGAUUUUACUGCGGGAAGGCUGUAAGAAGAUCCUGGUGGCCGAUUCUCUGUCUCUUCUCCAGCGGAUGCACAGGACACAGAAGAGAGGAGUGCGGGUGGAUGAGGAAAACAUCUGUGAGUCGUGUCACACUCCUAUUCUACCAUCAGACACAGCUCAAGCAUUCAGUGUGGUGGUGUUUCACUGCAGACACAUGUUCCACAAAGAAUGUCUGCCGUCGCCUGGAUCUAUCCCAGGGAUACAGUAUUGUAACAUCUGCAGUGCGAAGCGCAGAGGACCAGGCAGCGGCAUCCUGGAGAUGAAGAAAUAAUAAUUUCUGCUCACUAGAACAACAGUUAGUCAAUUAACACUCGCUCAGUAGAACCUGUACCCUUUACUGGUGGUAUUUAUUAAUGCAAGCUCGUGAUCUGCAUGUGAUUGUUUAACAUAAACAGCGCCAAUAAAGCACUUCCAUAAUUUA